ACGUAUAUUUACUUAAAAUGUAAAACAUUUCAACACUCCGAAGGUAUUGUUGAUAUCCAAUGAACAUUUUUAAUGAACGCAUCACAUGUACAGUAAAUAGUUAAUUUGCCCCGGUGUUUGCCUGUCAGACAGCGCUUAUGUCGACCUGAUGAUAUUUUAGCUUCAAACCAACAGGAGGUGGCAGCCUGACAGGCUAAACUCAGGGCUCAGCGGGCUCAGCUAGCUCUGCCUCGGCGCGGUCUACUAACGUUAUAGCAACCGUGAAGUGGAUGCAGCAACAAGGACGGGCCGGGGACGGAGUUAAUGAAUGAGAAUCAUACGAUCACACAACAUCUGACAAGUUGGCUCCUUUCUGAGCAAAUCAGUCUGAGAAAUAUGGAUUAUGGUGGCAGAAGUAGUGAUGUGCAGGGGGAGCUGGACUCAGUGGAGGCAGAGCUGGAGCUGGUGGAGCUGCAGAUCGCAGACCUCCUGCAGAAGCAGACUGAGCUGACUACUCGUAAGAAUGCUCUGCUGCAGGAGCUGGAGGAGGCCUGUGAUGCUGCGCAGCCAUCCUCUUCCUCAUCCUCGUCUUCUUCAAAGUCAUCCAGAGCUGAUGCAGUAAUGAGCAAGCAGGAGAUGCAGCGCUUUGAUAGCACAGAUUUCCCCUGGUCCAAAGAAGUGGAGCAGCACCUGAAGGACUCGUUCCACCUCUCCAAGUUCAGACCGCUACAGCUGAGGGCUGUCAACCUGACCCUGUCCGGCAAAGAUCUGUUCCUGGUAAUGCCCACAGGAAGAGGAAAGAGCCUCUGCUACCAGCUGCCUGCAGUCUGCUCCAAGGGUUUUACAUUGGUAGUCACUCCCCUGGUGUCCCUGAUGGAGGACCAGAUCAUGUACCUCAAGUCCAUUGAUGUGUCAGCAGUCAUGCUGAAUGCGUCCAGUAGCAAGGAGCACGCCAAGACAGUCAUGGCUGGAAUGACGGAUCCCAAGUCCCCUUUCAAGCUGGUAUACGUGACUCCAGAAAAGAUCGCCAAGAGCAAGCUGCUCAUGUCUCGUCUGGAGAAAGCCUACAACGCGAACCUGCUGAGUCAUAUCGCUGUGGACGAGGUGCACUGCUGCAGCCAGUGGGGACAUGACUUCAGACCAGAUUACAAACUGCUGGGCAUCCUGAAAAGGCAGUUCCCCAAAGUCCCACUGCUCGGGCUCACAGCCACAGCAACCAGCAGCGUCCUCAAGGACUGCGAGAAGAUCCUGUGUGUGCCGCAGCCAAUCACACUCACUGCAUCCUUCAACCGAACCAAUCUCUACUACGAGGUUCGUAUUAAAGAUUCUGACAUUGACGCAUCAAUAAGUGACAUCGCCUCUCUGAUCAAGAACAGAUACAAGGACCAGUCAGGGAUCGUGUAUGUGUUCUCUCAGAAGGAUGCAGAGUCUGUGUCAUCUGAGCUCCAGAAGAGAGACAUCCUGGCCUACCCCUACCACGGUAACAUGGACCCUAAUGAUAAGUCCCGUGUUCACCGCAAGUGGACCUCCAACAAAAUCCAGGUGGUGGUAGCCACAGUGGCGUUUGGCAUGGGCAUCGACAAGCCUGACGUCAGGUUCGUAAUCCACCAUACCAUCAGCAAGUCCAUUGAGAACUACUACCAAGAGAGUGGACGCGCAGGUCGAGACGACAGUCCAGCAGACUGCAUCGUCUACUUUGGCUUCUCUGACAUCUUCAGGAUCAGCACCAUGGUGGUGAUGGAGAACGUUGGCCAGCAGAAGCUGAGGCAGAUGGUUGACUACUGCCAGAAUGUUGACAGGUGUCGUCGCUCUCUUAUGGCUGUUCAUUUUGAUGAGGUGUGGGACGAUGAAGGAUGCAAUCAGAUGUGCGAUACUUGCCGCCAUGCAAAAGACUUUACCUCAGUGGACAUUACCCAGUAUGGCAGGCAGGUGGUGCAGAUCGUGGAGCUCGCAGCGUCCAUGGAGGAGAAGCUGACUCCUCUGAAGCUGGUGGAGGCGUGGAUGGGGAAAGGCCCAGCCAAGCGCAGGAAGAUGAUCCAGACCACCACGCUGCCUCGACUGCAGGCUGAAGCUGUAAUCGUGCGACUGCUGCUGCAGGAAUAUCUCAGAGAGGAUUUCAGCUUCACUCCGUACACCACCUACUUCUACGUGAAGCUGGGCCGCAAAGCUCCUCUGUUGAAGAGCCAGACACACACAGUCAGCAUGAAGAUGAGGACAACAGGGAGCGGAUCUGCUGUGGACACAUCCGCUGGGGAUGUGGAGGAGGGGACUGAUGUGACCUUUGACCUCAUUGUCAUGGACAACAGCUGUCCCCCCCAACCCAAACAGAAACUAUUUAAAGAACAGAGGAAUCUGUCCAGGAAACAAGAUCUGAAACCAGUUAGCCAGACAGACAAACAGACAGAGAAGACAAAGAAACAGCUGGCAGAGGGACACGAAGAGGAGGAUAGGAGAUCCAUCCUGCCUCAACACGCAAUUGAGGUUGAUGUUGAAAUUAACAUUAUAGAUAACAGUGAUGGUCAGAAAACACCGUCACAUCCAGUUAAACCUUGUUCCAAACGCAAAUCCACCACCCCUCAGAGAGCGAGGAGGAAACCCCGUGCUGACGCAGCAGCAGGUGUUCCCUCUCCGUCCCCAGGCGGCGACGCAGCCACCAGCACCGUGCCAAGCUCCCCGUCGCAGGCCUCCAUCAUCUCCGAGACCGCGGUCGAGGAGCUCUGCAACCUGAGGAACUACUACAGUAGACAGCUCAGGAGAAUUAACUAUAUUUCCCAGGAGUACCUGGGGCAGCCCGCAGAGCCAGGAGUGCUGGCGUGCAUCAGGGAGCCUCUGAGGAGCCUUCGUCUGCCCCGCAGGGCAACCAUCGCCCAGACGGCCCGCAGCCUGUGGACUCGAGUCAGCGGCAGGAGGAAGCUGGUACACAGAUGACAUCGACUCAAUCAGCUGCACUUAGAUUUGAUGUUGGUAGUGUUUUAUCAUGAAACGUUUGUGAAUGUCUGCUAACAAAAAGACCACUAUGUGUUUGAGUUUGGAGCCACCUGGUGGUUGUACCUGGUGGCUUCCAACCCCAGUCACCCCACAGAUCUGACCUGGGAACAUUGAGAUGAAUGGACUUAAAGCAACACAGAGUUCAGCCUGCAGGUCACAGUGACCCAAAUCAGAUUUUUAUGCUCUGAUGUGACUCCCAUCUGAUUUUGUCAUGUGAGCAGCACAGAUCACAUGGAAUCUGAUCUUUUCAACUCUCAUAUGUGGUCCAAAUCAGAUAGAGUUUUUGUAGUGUGACCUCAAUGUGAACAGUCAUAUCAGAUUUCAUGUAAGUGUUAGGGGUUCCCGGUAGCUCACCUGGUAGAGUGUGUGCCCUUUACUGCAUGUCACCUUCCCUCUCACUCCUGCCUUUCCUGUCUGUCUUCUCUUGGUAAAGGCAUAAAAAUAUCUUGGAAAAAGAAUUCAUGUGACUUCUAUGCCACUCUAGAUGUACGAUCAUCAUCGUCAUUCACACUGAAAUCUAAUAUGAGUCACAUUCAAAAAGUAAUGUGAACAGCCAAACAAAAAAGAUCACAUCUGAGCUAUAAAUCAGAAUUGAGUGCUAAGGCUUGCAGUGUGAAUUUAGCCAUAAUGUGAGUGUGUUUUAGUUACAAUAACAUAUGCUAUGAGAAUUGCGAUAGAGAUGUGCACAUGGUAGCUUUAAAUGCCCUUCACAGGCUAAUAUUAUGUCUCAUACCUCAACUGCUGUGUUACCAAUUGAUGAAUGUCUUCAUGAAUGAAGUUCUGGACCCCGAUUUAACACUGUACCUCACUUUUCUGUCAUUUAUGUUAUAGGAAAAUCUAUCAACUAAUUAAAUUAAAACGGGGGAGGAUUUAGAUCACAGAUUGAGAUUGAUUUGGGGCAUUUGGAAAGAAUUGGGAUGAAUAUACAAACACGCAGUUGUGUGUAUGUGGGAUUGAGUCAAAAUAAACUACAGUGUGUGUGUUCAUAGUAAUGAAGGAACAA